GACACUUCAGACGGGCACUUCAUUCCCCAGCUGCUCCUUCCUCCAUCUCACCAUCUUUCUCCAGCUCCAUGAGGUCCUGCAGGUCCCUGAGUUUCACCUCCCUGGGCAUGUUACUGAUGGUGCUGCUCAGUCCCACGGCCCAGGGCAGGGCAACUCCAGAGAACUACGUGUGGCAGAGACGAUCUGAAUGCUACGCCUUGAACGGGACGCAGCGCCUGGUGGACAGAUUCGUCUACAACAGGGAGGAGUAUGUGCGUUUCGACAGCGCACUCGGGGAGUUCCGCGCCGUCACCGAGCUCGGCCGGAGGACCGCAGAGCUAUGGAACAGGCAAUACCUGGAGGAGUGGCGGGCCUCGGUGGACACCGUGUGCAGACACAACUACGAGUUAGACGAGGGUUUCACCCUGAAGCGCCGAGUCCAGCCUAAAGUGAACAUCUCCCCCUCCAAGAAGGGGUCCUCGCAGCACCAACACCUGCUCAUCUGCCACGUGACAGAUUUCUACCCAGGAGACCUUCAAGUCCGGUGGUUCCUGAACGGACAGGAGGAAACAGAUGGGGUGGUGUCCACCAACCUGAUCCGGAAUGGGGACUGGACCUUCCAGAUCCUGGUGAUGCUGGAGAUGAACCCUCGUGCGGGGGACGUGUACACCUGCCACGUGGAGCACCCCAGCCUGGACAGCCCCAUUAUGGUGGACUGGAAGGCACAGUCUGACUUGGCCCGGAGCAAGAUGCUCACUGGAGUCGGGGGCUUGGUGCUGGGGCUCGUCUUCCUCGCAGUGGGCGUCUUCAUGCACAGGAAGAGUAAGAAAGUUCAGCGAGGAUCCCGGUAACCAGGGUUCCUGACCUGGCCUGGAGGCUGCACCCUGGACCCCGUUCUGUUCUGCUCCUUCAUGCCCAAGGCCAAGGCCGCUACUACUGCCGGGUAAUGGGAGACUGCAUGGACCCAGCUAACACAGCUCUGCCCUUUAAUCCACGCCAUCUCUAUCAUGGGCCUUCCCACAAACUCCCUUCUCAGCUCCAAAAAAGAAUCAAAACCCAAUGUUGCUGUCUUUUAAGAAUCAGCACCAAGGUCAGUGUAACGGUUUAGUUGGGUAAUCCUCCACCUGUAAGAGCCAGCUGGUUGCUGGUUAGUCCUGGCUGCUCCACUUCCCAUUCAGCUCCCUGCUUGUGGCCUGGGAUAGCAGUGGAGGAUGGCCCAAAGCCUUGGGACCCUGCACCCAUGUGGGAGACCCAGAAGAAGCUCCUGGCUUUGGAUCAGCUCAGCUUUGGCCAUUGUGGCCGUUUGGAGAGUGAACCAUCAGAUGGAAGAUCUUUCUGUCUCUUUCUGUGAAUCUGCCUUAACAAUGAAAAUAAAUCUCUGCUUCCA